AUGGACGCUGAUACCUUUGGGCCUCGUGUCUCCAAUUCCCUGUACGCAGACGAUAGCAUGCUUGUGGAUCACUUCUCCAUGAAUGACAACACGCGCCAUGUCCCCACUGUAGUGAAGCAUGCUGAGGCAACUUCCGAAUCAGACGACGUCCAAGACAACAUGUCGAUCGGUAGCUUGGAUUAUCCUGAUCUCGAACCAGUACUUUACGAUUCGCCAGACCGGCACUACUGGUCAACACCCGAGCGUGGACAAGUCGACUUUAUGGUGGGAGAUCCUUCCGUUUCAUCAUCAUCCAGGCAACAUCAGCAACAUCCUCCAUCAUCACCAUCCAAGACAUCAAGACGCCAUCAUUCCACAUCAACUACUCAGAAACGACGUGUCAAUUCGUCAUCAGAAAAGAGUCCAAAGGCACAAAAGACAUCCAACAGCAACAAAAAGGGAAAGCAUGUGAUGCAGCCGGACAAUGUGAUGAUGGAGGAUGAUGAGAAUCCCUUGUAUGAAAUCGAGGAUAUUGUGGGUCACAAAGUGUACAGAAGUCAAGCAGUCAUGUACGAGAUCAAAUGGAAGGGCUAUGAUAGCAAGCAGAAUACAUGGGAAAUUGCAAGCCAUAUUCAUGAAGAUUGCCCUCAAUUAUGCAUCGAUUAUUGGAACAAACAAGAGAAUACGCCCAUUCCCAAGAAUGUACCUCGAUCAAAGCAACAACAAAAGCAACAAUCAUCACACACCACCAAGUCCUACAUUGAGCGAUUACAAAAGUACAACAUUGACAACGACAGCUUGAUCCCGUAUUAUCGGAAACAAGGAUACCGAUUAAGUUAUGAUUUGGACUUUCCCACACCAUCAACGAAUUGGAGGAAGGAGCUGCGUGUGAUUCAUUUCGUCCAACGUGUCAAAAGCACAGAUCAAAUACUAGCCUAUGUCAGCUGGAUGAACAAGAAGAAAACAGUGCACGUCAUUCAAGAGUUACAUGACAAAUGUCCUGAUAUGUUGAUCAAUUAUUAUGAAAGUUGUUUGACGUUUGCAGGAUCGUGA